AGGUGCCUUGCGUGGAGCGGUUGGAGCAGCGGAACAUCUUUAAGCGUCUGGCGUGGAGAAAUCGGGCAGCUGGGUGUGUUUUAAGGAAGACAAGGGGGACUUGAGGUUUUUUGUUUAUCCAAGGGAUUGGAAGCGAUGCAUUUUAAUUAUUCUCUGAUGUGAGGGGGAAAGGAGCUUUAGGAAACAAGCGUUCCGAUUAAAAUUCAGCCUCUCAAAGAGGACAGAUAAAAGUGGCUACCAGAAUGACAGCUACCUUGCUUUGUAACAUGAUAUUUCUGCUGGCAUUUGGAUUGGCUUCAGCUUUUAGCCACAGCCCUAGGACCCCUGACAGAGUUUCUGAAGCAGAUAUUCAGAGGCUCCUCCAUGGGGUUAUGGAACAACUGGGUAUUGCCAGACCCCGGGUAGAAUAUCCAGCGCACCAGGCUAUGAAUCUAGUUGGUCCACAGAGCAUUGAAGGUGGUGCGCAUGAGGGUCUCCAGCACUUGGGUCCUUAUGGCAAUAUCCCAAACAUCGUGGCUGAGCUGACAGGAGAUAACGUACCAAAGGAUUUUAGCGAAGAUCAAGGAUAUCCUGACCCUCCAAAUCCCUGCCCUAUUGGAAAAACAGUUGAUGAUGGGUGUCUAGAAAACACCCCAGACACAGCAUUUUUAUACCAGCUGCACCAACACCUUUUUGAUCCAGAGCAUGACUAUCCCAACAUGGGCAAGUGGACCAAGAAUUUACUCUUUGAGAAGAUUAAUGGUGGUCCAAAAAGAAGAAAGAGGAGUGUGAACCCAUAUCUGCAAGGACAACGACUGGAUAAUGUUGUAGCAAAGAAGUCUGUUCCACAUUUUUCAGAUGAGGACAAGGGUCCUGAAUAAGUACAAUAAAAAUGAAUGAUGAAAACUCAUGCCAUCCUCUGCUAGAUCACAAUAUUGCUUAUAUAUAAUCAUCUAUUAAAAUCCUUGUGAAUGGCAGCAUGUUUAUUAUUUAUAUAAUUGUAGAUGAAAAACAGCUGUAUUUGUAACAGUAUGUUCUCCUAGAUAACAAAAAUAUGGUUCUGCUUUUUGUUAAGUUAUGGUAAAAGGACAUUUCUGUUGUUUUUAUUUUAGUCAUGGAGCAAACUUUGAAAAUGUUAGUCAUUUUAAUAGCUAACGUGAGGUAAAUGGUCUUAAUGAGCAGCUUGUAAAUAGGAAGAUGUAAAAAAAUGCCUGGUCUGACUCCAGCAUUUAAUCUUAAAUGUUACUAUGUUUGACACAUGAAAAUUAUAGUUUUAUGUUUUGUUCACAAAUAUUGUUACUUAGCAAAGACAAAGUAUUUAUUUUACCCAGAGAAUUUUGGCUUUUGGUCCAUUUUAAUAAACAUUUAAGCAAUCUACAAGGUUUGCAAAGUGACAUUUUCCAAAAUAUGUCAGAGGCUCAUUUGUCUCUGUUAUUGCUGUGCAAAUUUAAAAAUUAAAGAACUGCUUUUUGACUCUUAUCCACUGGAAUAUUUUUCAGUUAGUUUUAAUCGUUCUAUGUCCACAACUUUCCUGAACACUUGCAUGUCUUUCUUCCUUAUCAGUGGUACUGUUGUGUGGAAAUUAAGCUCCCCCGCUGUUCUUUGUCUUAGUUACAGUGGCAUUUGCACGUUAUAACGGUCUUAAAUUAUGCGU